CUGUCAAUUUUGGACGUCAAAGCUCUUCCAAGUUUACACAAAGCGGUGAUAAAAAUCAUUCAAAAAUGGGCUAAAGCAAGCUAAUAUACUCUGCAGAGCGACGUGGUUUAUGUAUUUACUUACUUUUGAGUAUUUUGGUAGCGCUUUUAAACAAUGAGACAGCGUUUUAAACCAAAUAUUACUUCAAGAGGAACUCGAAGUUCGAGGACCUCAAAUUCCAGCACCUCAAGCUCUACGACAAAACCAAACAGUUCCAAUGAAAAGAGUAUCAAUGAUAAUAACGAGCGACAAGAUAAUGAGCCUUUUAUACCACCAAAUAGUUCUAAAACUAUUGAAGACAGUGUUUGUGAAGAAAAUGAAACAAUAGAAGAGACAAAUGAAGUCCUGGUAGUAGAAACAACUACAGAGAAAGAUAUACAAAAAGCAGCUGAAUUGAAAUCCUCUAAAGUUUCAAAUGAUAAAAAAACAACGUCCAGAAGGUCACGUAUAAAACCUGUCGUCACUCCUGCACCUAGAAGGAGAAAUACUGCAAAAACUAAAGAAGUUAAUGAUARUGUUGAAAGGACUGCUCAUGAUGAGUGUUCAGCAGAAAAUUCAAUUGAAAAAGAUAAUUCACAACAAAAGCAAAAUGCUGAAACCAACAUUGAAACAACAAYGCUUCCUCCUGACGUCUCACCAAAUACGACGCCUGCMGAGAUAWCAACAACAGUAGAGUCACAGACUAGUGYARUGGAGUCUACCGACGAUGGUAAAACCCAACUCACUGGUUCAUCGCUAUCUCGGCGUAGGAGAGCAACCCCUAAGAUUUGUAUUCCUCCAAGAAAGAAGAGAGCGGCAUCUAUAUCUAAUGACAGUGACAGUGCAGAUAAGAGCUGUGAGAUGCCCACAGAAAACCCUCAACCGCAGGACGAUGAYGAAGACGUAGAAAAGGAAAUUCCCGAGACUGAUUUGUCAAGUAAAGCAAGCAAAAGACGAAAGAUACAAGAAGAAGUUGUAGAAGAAGACAUUAGUUUAAUUGAAGUGACUGUUCAGACUGGUGAAAAACAAGAUUCAACUAUUMAUAAUGAUGAAGAACAAGAUGACAUAGACAAUGAACAGCCGCAAACAAAUAAAAAAUCACAGUUAAAAGGAAAAAAGAAAAGAAUUCCCAUCAGGAAGCCAAAAGAAAUGCUUGAUCCAUCAAAAAUGACUUUGCAGGACCUUAUUUACUUCAAUCCCAAAGAAAACUUCAUGAAAUCCAGCAGUGAUGCUAAGCAUAAAAAGAUCGUACAGCAGAAGCAGAAAGCAGGCCAAUCAACAGAAGAUGCAAUGGAGGUCGAUGACGCCAAUACUGAAAAUCAAUCCAACAACCAACAGACAAUAGACAGGACUGAGGGGGGUGAUGAGAGUAAUGUUUGUGCUCCUCAAGUGAAGAUUGCWGCUGAYGGYAGUAUUAUUGUAGAUGAAGAAAGGUGGGUGCUUUGUACUAUUUCUUGCAUUUCUUUAUCAGAUAUAUCCAUGAGUCUUUAUUUUUUGUUUUAUUUUUUAGUCUUUUGAUCAGAUCACCUACUCAUUCAACCUUGGAAGACACGUAAGAGCUCUAAAAGUUUGUCAUUUUAUAAUUAAUUA